AUGGCAAAUACGCGCGGAAGCAUAUACAGGCGUGGCGCCCGCCGGUGGCGGAAACUGUACCGCGUCAACGGACAUAUAUUCCAGGCCAAACGAUUUAAUAGACGAGCCUUCUGUGCCUUCUGUCAGGACCGCAUCUGGGGUCUCGGCAGACAAGGGUUCAAAUGCAUCCAAUGCAAGCUGCUGGUGCAUAAGAAGUGUCACAAACUGGUGCAAAAGCCCUGUUCAAAUGAACACGUUGAUCCUAUCGAGAUUAAGGAUGACGCUAAUGGGGAGAGCACGCUGGGAAGAGCACCGUCAGUCAGGUCUCGUGAGGAACCAGAACCUCCUCUUCCGGAGACGCCACCAGCGCCAUUGCCUCCAACCAUCAGAAAUGAAGACUUGGAGCCGGGCUCGCAGAGGCAGUACUCGCUGGACGACUUUGAGCUCAUCAGGGUCAUUGGACGAGGGUCUUAUGCUAAGGUGCUGAUGGUGGAGCUGAAGCGAACCAAGCGUGUAUACGCCAUGAAGGUGAUAAAGAAGGCUCUGGUGACGGAUGAUGAGGACAUCGACUGGGUGCAAACUGAGAAACACGUGUUCGAGACCGCCUCUAACCAUCCGUUUUUGGUCGGACUCCACUCGUGCUUCCAAACGCCAAGCAGAUUGUUCUUCGUCAUCGAAUUCGUACGUGGCGGAGAUCUUAUGUUCCACAUGCAGCGUCAGCGUCGUUUACCAGAAGAACACGCUCGGUUCUACGCAGCAGAGAUCUCUCUAGCUCUUCACUUUUUGCAUGAACGUGGCGUCAUCUAUCGGGACUUGAAACUGGACAACGUCUUAUUGGACCACGAGGGGCACAUCAAGCUCACUGAUUACGGAAUGUGCAAGGAGGGCGUAAGACCCGGCGACACAACGUCGACUUUCUGCGGGACUCCCAAUUACAUAGCCCCAGAAAUAUUACGCGGGGAGGAUUAUGGUUUCUCAGUGGAUUGGUGGGCUUUAGGGGUGCUCACAUAUGAAAUGUUGGCUGGAAGAUCUCCCUUCGAUAUUUCACACGCAGCUGACAACCCUGAUCAGAACACUGAGGAUUAUCUCUUCCAGGUAAUUCUAGAAAAGACGAUUCGAAUCCCUCGUUCUCUAUCCGUGAAGGCUGCGUCGGUGCUGAAAGGCUUCCUCAACAAGAAUCCAGUUGAGAGACUUGGAUGUGGAGACACUGGCUUCAGAGACAUCGUUAACCAUCCGUUCUUCAAGAGCAUUGAAUGGGAAAUGUUGGAGCAGAAACAAGUAGUUCCACCAUUUAAACCUCGUCUCGAAGGAGAAAGGGACCUCGCUAACUUCCCACCAGAGUUCACCGAUGAGCCUGUGCGACUCACGCCCGAUAAAGAUAGCGAGAUAGCGGACAUCGACCAAUCGGAGUUCGAGGGCUUCGAGUACGUGAACCCACUCCUCAUGUCCCUCGAGGACUGCGUGUGA